GGAGCUGCUGGACCCCGUGAAUUUGCUGCAGGUCUUUUUGCUGCUGAAUUCUUUGUUUUGGAGAAGUUACAUUUCCUCUUCCCUGUGGGUGCUGCUGGGGGCCUUGGCAGCAAUUCGGAAAGCCCUUUUGGCCCGCCGCAGCCAGCAGCACGUCCGCCAGCUGCUGCUGGCAGCAAACGGGCAGCAGGUCUUUGUCCUCCGCAGCAAGUCCGUCGCCAAGAUCUCCUCUGCGGGACUGGUUCCGGGGGACGUGGUGCUGCUGCAGCAGGGCGCUGCGUGCCCCGCAGAUGUGCUGCUGCUGCGGGGCUCAGCUGUGGUGGACCAGGCGGACUUCACUGGAGAAGCAGCACCAGUAGAAAAGGUCCCUUUGGAAGCAGCAGCGCAGCAGCAAACUGAAGCAAAGGGGCCCCAGCUGCUGCAGGGACAAACAGCAGCAGAGAGACUCGUGGCCGCCCACCCUCACAGCCUUGUGCAUGCUGGUGAGCCCUCAGAAUAG